UGUUCUCUCCCUCACUUCACCCCUUUGCGUGGUGCCCUAACCCAUAAUCAGAACCCAUCUCACCUCUCUCUUUUCUUCGCCACUCUCUCCCUCAAGCCCGUCGCCGCCUCCUCAAGCUCGCGUCGCCGCCUCAAGCUCGUCGCUGCCUCAAGCUCGUCGCCGCUCAAAGCUCUGUCGCCACCUCAAGCUCUGUCCCCUCCUCAAGCUCAUGUCGCCACCUCAAGCUCGUCACUGCCUCAAGCUUGCGUCGCCGCCUCAAGCUCGUCGCUGCCUCAAGCUCGCGUCGCCGCCUCAAGCUCGUCACCGCUCAAGCUCUGUCGCGCUCUGUCAUAGUUCGUAAGCUCGCCUUCCUGCUUCGGCCAUCAACGCUUCCUCGGCCCUGAGUCUGGGUUUAGGGUUUCAGCUUCGGCCCGGGUCUUCCAUGAAUGCUUGCUUCGUCUCUCUGCCUAUCACGCAAUACGCAUCUAUGCAAUAGAAGCAUUAACAAGGUGGUUUUGUUUGUUUGUCGAUGCGUCUUGCAGUUGCACCUCAAGUCCAAGGUUUCUUAUUCUUAAGACCUUAUUCACUCACCAUUCAGCACUGCCCUUCCCCUUCUCCUCCUUCCAUCUCACAAGUCUACGACGACCUUCUCCGCAUUUGCUUCCGCUUACAACAAACUAAAACUAAUCCCCAUCACCAUCACGACUACCAUGUGUUCGACAAUAUUCCCAACCACGGCGACGGGGAAAUGGCCAAAGUUGUUCAUGCACACGCCAUCAAACACGACAUUUCCUCUGAUGGCUUCCUCGCAAGUGCCACCAUCGAUCUCUAUGCCGCUGCCGGCAAUGUCCCUUUCGCUCAGAGGCUCUUCCACCAGCUCCAUCCCCGUCAGAGACAUUUAUCCGCUUAUAAUUCUAUCAUUUCCAUGUACUCAAGGCAGGGGUUAUUCCAAAAUGCACUCCGUUGUUUCGUUUCUAUGAUGCGUUUUGGCCAGUUGCCUGACCAAUUCACGCUCGCUAUAGCUCUCUCUGUUUGUUCAAAGCUCAGGAAUGUUGAAUUCGGCACGCUGCUUCACUCCUGCGUGAUCAAGGCAGGUUUUGAGUCCAAUCCGUUCUGCCAGGGUGCUCUUAUCGAUCUCUAUGCCAAAUGUGGCUUUCUCCGCCAUGCUAGCGCCAUAUUUGACGCCGCAGUCCACUUGGACACUGUUUCUUGGACGGCUUUGAUUUCUGGUUAUGUUCGAGCCGGGCUGCCGCAGGACGCCCUCCAGGUGUUUGACAAAAUGCAGAUAGCUGGCUGCUCUUCUGACCAGGUGGUUUUUGUGACUGUUCUCAAUGCUCUUGUGAAUUUGGGUAAGCUGGAUGAUGCCUGUAAAUUGUUCCGAGACAUGCACACUAGCAAUGUUGUGGCAUGGAAUGCGAUGAUCUCUGGUCAUGCUAAGAGGGGCCAUCAUAAGGAGGCCAUUGAGUUCUUUCUCGAAAUGAGGAAGUGUGGUAUAAAGUCCUCAAGGUCCACGCUGGCAAGUGUUCUUAGUGCGAUUGCCAGCUUAGCUGCGUUGGAUUAUGGGUUACUAGUCCAUGGAGAGGCUAUCAAACAAGGUUUGGGUUCUAGUAUAUAUGUGGGAAGUUCUUUGAUCAGUAUGUAUGGGAAGUGCGAAAUGUUAGAUGCUGCAAAGCAAGUAUUUGAUGUCAUGUCUGAGAAAAAUAUGGUCACUUGGAAUGCCAUGCUGGGAGUUUAUGCACAGAAUGGUUAUUUCAAUCUUGUAAUGGAGCUAUUCCUUGAUAUGACACGGCGUACCAUUGAACCGGACGAAUUUACCUUCACUAGCAUUUUGAGUUCAUGUGCUUGUUUUGAAAGCUUAGAAAUUGGUCGUCAGGUGCAUUCAGUUGUUAUCAAGAGAAGUUUUGCAAACAAUUUAUUUGUGAACAAUGCAUUGGUAGAUAUGUAUGCCAAGGCUGGGGCUUUGAAGGAAGCUAGGAAACAGUUUGAGCGCAUGAAAACCCGAGAUAACAUUUCUUGGAAUGCCAUUAUUGUUGGAUAUGUGCAGGAAGAAGAGGAAACUGAUGCUUUCAAAAUGUUCAAUAGAAUGAGGUUACAUGGCAUAGUACCUGACGAGGUAGCUUUGGCAAGCAUACUUAGCGCUUGUGGAAAUGUUAAGCUAUUAAAAGCAGGAUUGCAGUUCCAUUGCCUGGCAGUUAAGUUGGGAUUAGAAACAAACCUUUUUGUUGGAAGUUCUCUUAUUGACAUGUAUUCUAAAUGCUGGUCCAUUGAAGAUGCACGAAAAAUCUAUUCUAGCAUGCCUGAAUGGAGUGUGGUAUCCAUGAAUGCUCUGAUUUCAGGAUAUGCUCUGAAAAGUAUAAAAGAAGCUAUUAAUCUUUUUAGUGAGAUGCUAGCAUUGGGGCUCAAGCCAUCUGAAAUUACAUUUGCAAGCCUGAUAGAUGCUUGUAAGGGUUCUCAGGUAAAUCUAGGGUUGCAGAUCCACUGUGCUAUAGUUAAGAGGGGACUUUUAUGUGGUAGUGAGUUCUUAGGUACCUCUUUGUUGGGCAUGUAUAUGGACUCACAAAGGAUUGCAGAUGCCAAUUUACUUUUCUCAGAGUUUUCGAACCUUAAAAGCAUUGUUAUGUGGACUUCUUUAAUUUCUGGGUAUACUCAAAAUGAUUGCUGUUACGAGGCCAUAAAUUCAUACCGAGAAAUGCGGGACAACAGUAUCUUCCCUGACCAAGCAACAUUUGUUUCAGUUCUUCGAGCUUGUGCUCUCUUAUCGGCAUUGCAAGAUGGGAAAGAGAUACAUUCUCUAAUAUUCCAUACUGGUUUUGACUUGGAUGAGUUAACCAGCAGUGCACUCAUAGACAUGUAUGCUAAAUGUGGGGAUGUAAAAAGUGCUGUGCAAGUUUUUGAAGAAAUGGGUACUAAAAAGGAUGUGAUUUCUUGGAACUCAAUGAUAGUUGGAUUUGCAAAAAAUGGUCAUGCAGAAAGAGCUCUGAAGGUCUUCAAUGAGAUGGCUCACUCAUGUGUUACACCAGAUGAUGUCACAUUCCUCGGAGUGCUCACUGCUUGCAGCCAUGCAGGGUGGGUUUCCGAGGGCCGUCAAAUUUUUGAUCUCAUGGUGAACUGUUAUGGCAUUGAGCCCAGGGCUGAUCACUAUGCUUGCAUUGUGGAUCUUCUUGGUCGCUGGGGUAAUCUCAAAGAAGCUGAAGAGUUCAUCGACAAACUAAAUGUCAAACCGAAUGCUAUGAUUUGGGCCAAUUUAUUGGGAGCUUGCCGAAUUCAUGGUGAUGACAUAAGGGGAGAGCGAGCAGCUAAGAACCUUAUUAAGUUAGAACCUGACAAUUCUUCCCCAUAUGUAUUGCUUUCUAAUAUGUAUGCUGCAUCAGGACAUUGGAAUGAAGCUAGAUCUUUGAGGAGAACUAUGAUACAGAAAGAAAUCCAAAAGAUGCCUGGGUGUAGCUGGAUUGUUGUAGGACAAAAGACAAACUCAUUUGUUGCAGAGCACCGCCCGUGAAGUAAAGCGCUUAGAUUCAAUUAGUGGAUCCCCUGUUUAUGCACAAUUUGGAGAAGCACUUAAUGGUCUAUCAACAAUUUGUGCUUACAAGGCUUAUGACCGCAUGGCUGAUAUCAACGGAAAGUCGAUGGACAACAACAUACGAUUCACUCUGGUGAACAUGAGUGGAAAUCGAUGGCUUGCAAUUCGAUUAGAAACUCUGGGAGGUCUCAUGAUAUGGUUUACUGCAACCUUUGCGCUAAUGCAGAAUGGGAGGGCCGAGAACCAGCAGGAAUUUGCAUCCACCAUGGGUUUACUACUUAGUGAUGCUUUGAACAUUACCAGUUUGCUUACUGGUGUGCUCAGGCUUGCUGUUGAGCGUGUUGGCACUUAUAUAGAUUUGCCUUCAGAGGCACCAUCCAUCAUUGAGGAUAGUCGCCCCCCUCCAGGCUGGCCCUCAUCUGGAUCAAUCAGAUUUGAGGAUGUUGUACUUCGAUACAGGCCUGAACUUCCUCCUGUCCUUCAUGGCUUGAAUUUCAUAAUUUUUCCAAGCGAUAAGGUUUGCAUUGUAGGAAGGACAGGAGCUGGAAAAUCUAGCAUGCUUAAUGCUUUAUUUUGAAUUAUGGAAUUGAAAAGAGGAAGACUAUUAAUUGAUGAUUGUGAUAUUGCAAAGUUUGGGCCGGCUGAUUUGCGUAAAGUUCUUGGCAUUAUACCACAGUCCCCUGUUUUGUUUUCAGGAACUGUAAGGUUUAAUCUUGACCCUUUUAAUGAACACGAUGAUGCUGACCUCUGGGAGGCUCUGAAGAGGGCACAUUUGAAGGAUGUGAUACGGAGGAAUUCUUUGGGGCUGGAUGCUGAGGUCUGUGAGGCAGGCGAGAACUUCAGUGUUGGGCAGAGGCAACUGUUGAGUCUCUCUCGGGCAUUAUUGCGUAGAUUAAUGAUAUUGACGAAGCCACUGCAGCAGCAGAUGUUAGAAUAGAUGCCCUCAUACAGAAAACAAUUCGAGAGGAAUUUAAAUCGGGCACCAUGCUCAUCAUUGCUCAUUGUCUUAACACCAUCAUAGACUGUGAUCGGAUUCUUUUGCUUGAUGGUGGUAAGGUUCUUGAAUAUGAUACCCCUGAAGAACUGCUAUCAAAUGAAGGCAGUUCGUUCUCUAAGAUGGUGCAAAGUACAGGAGCCACAAAUGCCCAAUAUCUACGCAGCUUAACACUCGGGAGUAAGUCAGAUAGGGAAGAGAGUAAGCAUAAUGAUGGCCAGAAAAAAUGGCUUGCUUCGUCUCGCUGGGCUGCUGCAGCUCAAUUUGCCCUUGCCGUCAGUCUCACCUCAUCACAGAAUGACCUAAAAAGAUUGGAAGUGGAAGAAGAGAAUAGCAUACUCAAGAAAACAAGGGAUGCUGUGAUAACUUUGCAGGGGGUUUUGGAAAGGAAGCAUGAUAGAGAAGUCGAGGAAUCUUUAGACCGAUACCAAAUAUCCUCAGACAGUUGGUGGUCAUCACUCUACAAGAUGAUUGAAGGUCUUGCAAUGAUGAGCAGACUGGCCGGGAGCAGGCUUCAUCAAUCAGACUUUGAUUUUGAUGAUAGAUCAAUUAACUUUGAUCAAGUUGAUAUGUAGCCAAAGCUGCACUGUUAUAUAUUACCUCUGCUUCAAAAUAAUUGUUCAUUUGGACAAACAAUUAUUGUGAAUUGCAGGGAAUAUAACAUGUGCCACAGUCCCACCAACUGACUCACAUACCCAAGGUUGUGCUAACUCUAUUUUUGGCAAUGUAGCUCCAUCACUCAGCCAUGAGACAUGAGUUCGAAAAUGCAAUAAGUUUCAUUUUGAUCUUAAUCCAGCAAUUAACCCAAUUUCCCUUAUCAUUUGUAAUAUAAUUUUUAUUGCCCAAAACAUAUUAGGGGAAAAAAAAUCUUUUAGGUCUUGAAUACUUGUGUUUGGAUUUUGGAAAAAGAUUCUCUAAAUCUAAGUGAGAAAAUAAAAUGUUAAUUAUUCUUAAA